UAAUGCAACAUUGCAACUAGACCACAACUUUGGAAUUGUUAUACUAUCUUUAUCUCUAUCUUUUUUUCUCUCAAAUGGCUGAUGAAGAAACCAAAAGCUUAAAAUGGGAAGGCAAAGCUACUACAGAGCUAAAAACCACAAAAGCACAACAAGUGUUUCCACUCCUAGAAGACUUUUGCAAUAUUCACAAAUGGCUUCCAGCCCUUGAAACAUGCACCCAUGUUCAAGGAGUUGAUGGCAAACCGGGUCUUGUACGCCACUGCACUUUCAAAACAAUUAAUCAGGAUGAGCCUGCUAAGUGGUGUUAUGAGACACUUUUGUCCUUGGACCCCGUUAAACAGAGUAUAAGCUACAAAGUGACUGAGAACACAUUGGGUUUAAGUUCUUAUGUAGCCGAGUUAAAAGUUAUCGAAAUCAACGAUAAUGGAUGCAAGAUGGAGUGGUGGUUCACGGCUGAUCCGAUGGAAGAAAUGACAUUGGAGGGUCUUACUGGUUAUAUUGAUUCGCUUUUGAAAGCCAUGGCUGAGACCAUUGAAAAUGAGCUCAAAUGAGCUAGCUACUACGAGUAAUUAAUUAAGUGUAUGAAUAAUGUUUACAUGUUAUAAUAUUGAUGAUUGUGGCAGCUUCCUCCUCUAUAUAUGUUUGUAAUAAAAGUUGUUUCCAAUCUUGUUCAA